CGGUUGGGCGGAACGUUUCCUGGCUGUCUCCCCCGCGGCCCGGCGUUGGUCUCGCUCACUCCGGAGCCCUUAGGCAGGAGGUGCGUCUGCCCCCCCCCGGGGGGGGCCCGACAGAAUGUUGCGAUUUCGUCUUCUCCCUCCUAUGGCGGCCUUGGCGGUCACUUCCAGGCGCCAUUUUGGUACCACUCGUUAUCACCAAAGCCGGCACAGGCUUAUGAUGGUAGCCUUUGCUGGAACAACAGUUCUAACCACAACCACCGGGCUUCUUUGGAGAAGAGCCCAGGCAGAAGCAUCGCCUUCUGUGAAUCAUGACGUGAACGUGACGGAUGAGAAGAUGAAAAACAGAGAAGUCGCGAAUGAAGGAAGCGAUAAUGUUUCUCAGGCAGAAGGAACGAAGAAAAAACAGCGUUCUGGAUUUCGAGACCGUAAGGUGAUGGAAUAUGAAAACAGGAUUCGUGCUUACUCUACUCCUGAUAAAAUCUUUCGAUACUUUGCCACAUUGAAAAUCAUCAAUGAGCAUGGAGAUUCAGAAGUAUUUAUGACCCCACAAGAUUUUGUGCGAUCUAUAACACCAAAUGAAAAGCAACCAGAAAAUUUAGGUCUUGAUCAAUUUGUGGUGAAACGCUAUGAUGGAAAGAGAAUUUCCCAGGAACGUGAGAAGUUUGCAGAUGAAGACAGCAUCUUUUAUGCCCUUGGAGAAUGUGGCUUGAUUUCCUUUUCUGAUUAUAUCUUCCUCACAACGGUCCUGUCAACUCCUCAGAGAAACUUUGAAAUCGCUUUCAAGAUGUUUGAUCUAAAUGGUGAUGGAGAAGUGGAUAUGGAAGAAUUUGAACAGGUUCAGAGCAUCACUCGUUCUCAGACUAGCAUGGGGAUGCGUCACAGGGACCGUUCGACUACUGGGAAUACGUUGAAGACUGGCUUCAAUUCCGCAUUGACGACAUACUUUUUUGGAGCUGAUUUGAAGGGGAAACUGACCAUCUCCCACUUCUUGGAGUUCCAGCGGAAACUUCAGCAUGACAUUCUCAAACUCGAGGGAUUAACAUUUGAGGAAGUAGAGAACUUCUUUACAUUCCUGAAAAACAUAAAUGACGUUGACACAGCUUUAAGCUUCUACCACAUGGCUGGAGCAUCUCUUGAUAAAGAUACGAUGCAACAAGUAGCCAAGACCGUGGCAAAGGUGGAACUAUCAGACCAUGUAUGUGAUGUUGUGUUUGCUCUUUUUGAUUGUGAUGGAAAUGGAGAGCUGAGCAAUAAGGAAUUUGUUGCCAUCAUGAAGCAGCGGCUUAUGAGGGGUUUGGAGAAACCCAAAGACAUGGGCUUCACACGUCUGGUGAGGGCUAUGUGGAAAUGUGCUCAGGAGACCGCUUGGGAUUUUGCCAUGCCCAAGCAAUAACCACCAGAAGACAAGAAAGCCCAGCUGCACCACCGACCUGGCAAGAAUCCUGAAUUCUCCUCCCUUCCUCUGCCUCGCGGUAGAUGCCCCAUGAUGGAAGGUCUUCUUCAGUGGUGGGACUUUUCUUCAUUAUAGCACUGGAAGACAAACUUUGGGAGCCAGAGACCGUUGAGCCACACAGCUGGCUUCAAAAUAUCUAAGCAGAAAUUUUAAUCCCCUCUGACAUUUAUCUUGACAGUUGGUUUGCUUACUGACCUACAAACAUUUUUCUGUUUUCCAUUAAGUUUUCCUUAU